GCUAAGUAAAAUGUGUUUUUUCGUUCCAGGGUCUGGACCCCGUCAACGCCACCGCCCAUCUGAGACCGCUCAACUCGGAGAUAACGGCGCCCAGAAUCGACAGCUACCGCUUCUCCAUGGCCAACCUCGAGGACUCGCAGGACGUCGACCUGGACGCCAUCCUCGGGGAGCUGUGCGCCCUCGAGACGGUGUGCGAGAGGGAGAUUGGCCAGGCGAGAGAGACGAAACGACAUUCGGACUCCCAACCGACGUCGCAAUUCGAGCCCCGAACGCACGCUCGGUCGCUGUCGGAGGCGUCGCGCAUCACCGAAGACGGCGCGCCGAUGCGGCUCGAGCCGGGCCGCACGGAAUCGCCCGACAACGACUCGGCCUUCAGCGACACCGUCUCGAUGCUGUCGAGCGAGUCGUCGGCGAGCAGCGGCGGCAGCGGCACGAAGCCGCAGACGUUGAGGCUGCAGAACAACAUGAUGCAACAGGAUGAUGCGUCCAGACUGAAAGCGGAAAAAAUCCGGAUGGCCAUGGAAAAGAUCAAAGAAGCCAACAUCCAAAAGCUGUUCCUCAAAGUGUUCACCAUGGACGGGUCCGCGAAGUCUCUAUUGGUAGACGAAAAGAUGGUUUGUUCCUACGUUACCAGGCUGUUGGCCGACAAGAAUCAUGUCCAGAUGGAACCGAAAUGGGCCAUCGUCGAACAUUUACCGGAUUUAUACAUGGAACGCUUCUACGAGGACCACGAACUGCUAGUCGACAACCUCCUCCUCUGGACGCGCGAGUCCAAAAACAAAAUCUACUUCGUCGAACGCGAAGACAAAAUCAGACUCUUCCUCCAACCCGAAAGAUACCUCCUUACCUCCACCGACAAGAAGGAAACCCUGGACUUCGACGAGCACUCCCGCAACAUUCUCCUGGAAGAAUACUUCUCCUCGACCAAUCCCCCGGAGCUGGAAGGCCCGCUCUACCUAAAAGCCGAGUCGAAAAAGGGCUGGAAGAAGUACCACUUUGUCCUCCGAGCUUCUGGUCUCUAUUACUUCCCCAAAGACAAGGCCAGAUCGGCCAAGGACCUAGUAUGUCUGGCAACGUUUGACAACAACCAGAUAUACUACGGCCUCGGGUGGAAGAAGAAGUAUAAAGCACCGACUGACUGUUGCUUUGCUAUCAAGCACCCGAGACUGCAGGAACCGAAAUCGAGCAAGUACAUCAAGUACCUUUGCGCGGAGGAUAGAGAGACUUUGGAGAGGUGGGUGGUUGGCAUGAGGCUGGCGAAGUUUGGCAAGCAGCUAAUGGAUAAUUACAGGAAUUUGAUUGAUGAGUUGGCGCAGGAGGAUCUGGAUAUAUUGGCACACGCCAGGAGUUGUUCUGUCAGUUCAAUUGCUGUUCAGUCGUUUCCUUCUAAUGUUACGACACCUACUCAAGGCUAUCAAAGUAGCGAAGCCGGCUACGGAACUCAAAGUGAAACAUACUCCACAUCGACUGAUAUGAGUUCGGGCAGACAUAGCAGAGCAAGUAGUUCGAGUUCUAGUGGGUGCAUGUCAGAUGGGGCACCGUCAAGCUGCGAAAAUGCUUUCGACUCUGAAUUUCCCAUGGGCACGAUAAAACGCAAGCCCACGAUGAAACCCAGCCUGCCCCUGACCAACAUCACCCGCCAGCUGAAAGAAGUGGGCGAGACGCGAGACGAAGUCGACUCCAAUUCCCCCCUCCCUCCCCACAGUCCCGUCUCGUACACCAACACGGGCACCCUCACGAGGUCGCACAGCCGUCGAAAGUCCAACCUCUCCGUCCAAUCGGAUGAGAACUCGGGCACGCUCAAGCGGCAGCACGCGUACAAGUCGCGCGGCUCGAUGGAGUCGUCGCGCGGCUCGAUUGAGUCGUCGCGCGGCUCGAUUGAGUCGUCGCGCGGCUUGAUGGAGUCGUCGCGGGGCUCGCUGGAGUCGAUGGGCGGCCGCAGUGGGGGUUCCACGCCGGUCAGGGAGAGAGCGCCGAAUUUUGUGGGGGAGAGGAACGGGUCGUACUCGCCUAGCGGGGGGUCCCUGAGGGAGGCCGGUUCUCCGGUGGGCGGUGGCAUGGAUUUGCCGUCGUGUAUGACCGACUCGAUAACCUCCCUGCCCCCGCCCCCAGAAACCCACGGUGACGUCAUCCUCAACGCCUCCCCCACCUACCCGCCGCCCCCGGAUAUCUACCGCUCGAACCUCUCGCUCGACAGCCUCCCUCCCCCGCCCCACCCCGCCGACCUACCGCCCCUCACGGGAGAAGAGCUCACGGGCAGCCAGCUGUCGCUCGUGUCGCUGCCCCCUCCACCGGGCGAGACGUUUUCGCCCGAUGCGCAUGAUACCGGAACGGUGCGCAGGAGGAAGGGCGGGGUUGGCACGCCCACGGAGGGCGGGGCUGGCACGCCCACUGAGGGCGGCUCGCCGACGGAGAGCGGUUCGCUGGAUCUGACGCCGACGCAUUCGCGGCUUAACACGCCGGUGUGCAGUCCGCCCUUGUCGAGUGCGGGCAGCGGGUGCAGCACGCCCGUGCAUGCGGGGCCACCUGGGGGCUUCAGUCCUGCGCACAGAGGUACUUACAGUCCACAAGAGCUGCCCCCGUACGUUAAUCCUCCCCAGUACCGGCAGUCGAGUACACUACCUGGCAACCUCGCAUUCGGCAACCCCGUCGGCCUCAGGUCCUCGCUCAGACAGUCGUCGCUGCCCAGGCAGAUCUCUUCGAAUAGCAUCGCUUCGACGAACAGCUCGGGUUCGUCGGGCAACACCGCCUGCAACGUCGCGCAGAGUUCGCCGGUCGUCCAAAGAAAAGUCAACUUCCAGGAGCCGUCGAGUCCGAAGAAGACCGGCAAAAAGAUCAGCUUCAAUUUGACGCCGCAAGAGGUGCCGCCACUGCCCAAGAAGCCGCCGCCGCCCAAAAGGGCGGAGAGCACCAAGCUUACCAGCCCUAAGAAGUUGGUGGAGCCGCCCAAAGAUUUCUUGAAGGAUCUGCAAAGGGUCAUGAGGAAAAAGUGGCAGGUCGCUCAAAAGUGCAAGCUCGAGCCCGAGACCACCCCGCACGAGGUCCUCGGCUUCCGCGACCCGCCCGUCCCGCUGCCCGACUACAAGGAGCACAACGUCUCCAACUGGGUGCAGGAGCACUACGGCGCCCACAACCUCUACGAGAACGUGUACAGGGACGCCGGCGCCGACGCGGUCGCCGAGUACGCGACCAGCCCCGUACACUCGAGGGGCAGCGGGGCGGGGUCGAGGCGGCCGCCGCCCCCGCCGCCCAAGCGCAGCGAGACCACCCACCUGAGCACGCCCAAGGCGGCGCACUGAUGUCGGGUGUGCUGAAUGUGGAUCGGCGGAAAGUAACCUCAAAUUCGCUUGGUGCAUAUCGGAUAUCGGCGGGGAGAUUCUGAAGUGGUCUAAACCAAGAACGGGAGACGGCAUUGCAGAUGUUUGGGUUCUCGAUAAUGUUACCGAUAGCUUGAGACGGUACAUCAUCUUAGAGUUUGGUGCCCGAUUUGAUUUCCAAUAUUUUGACAAUUGACAUAGUUGGCACACUGCUUUUGUUUUGAAAUUUUAAAGAUGAAAUUUUCAAGUAUACCGUUCUUUAUUUUAAACCACUUCAUUUCAUGAUCGUCCGACUGUCUAAUGAUGCGAUGAGAAACCUGAUGUCGAAUUUGUUUCCUAUUCCAUUUCACAAUCUAGUACCUAACGCUUCGAAAGAUCAUAGGAUUUUCGAUGGAGUGGCAUGAAAUUCUUAUUCGAUAGGAUGUUAUGCUUGACUUUGCCAAUUUAUUUUUACAAGAUAUCAUAUUGAUGCAGCCAUUGAUUUUUCUGAUUAUUGUUAAAAUGUCAUCACCGAAUACGGAAUAAAAGGUAAGUGUGAAAAGAAGGUUUGCCAUCAGUUAUUAAGUCCUGUAUUUAGAUAGAAAUAACUACAAGAACGAAAAUUACAUUGAAUCUGAGGUCCUCACGUGGAUUUUGUCAUAUGCUAUAAGUAAGAUAUUCUAACCUGAUGAAAGACAUUUAACAGAAAGAGACAGAAUGACAGUUUAACUAACUGUUCUUGAGCUAUUGAAGAAUCCAAUCAAGUACAUAAUAUGAUAUAAUGGAAAAAAAGAUCCCAGCUAUCAAAUAAAGAUGACAAAUUCGACUAGAUUCGUGAAAUAGAUAGAAUCUUCCUGCAAUUAUCUGUCUGUAUCAAAUUGUCGGUUAUAGGUGUCAGACUGAUCAUUUGUUUUUUGUGCUCGGAGCUUCCUCACACAUGUAUUCCGAAAUCAAGUCAUGGAUUUUUUUAUAGAUCCUGGGUUUCCCAGUAGUUUCUGUCGUAUUCCAACUGCAGAUACAGCAAUGAUGCAGAGAUUCCGUUGUUUCUAGUGAACAAUUUUGUUAACAAACCGUUUCCAUUUUUGGUCUAACGAAUGCUUUACACCCCGAUUUUAAUGGAAAUACGGAAAAAUGUUCGGACCCGUCGAUUUCUUAUUCGAGCGGGAACUACUUGUCUGCUUAUUUCUUCAUCCGGGUAACUUCAACAACCUACCAGGGGGAAGCACAACCUCCGGAUUUUGAAUAUGGAUGAGGGGCGUUGUGAUACCCCAUUUUGAAGAUUUUAUCGAAUACUAUCCGAUUCUCUACUUUCACGUCAAAAUUUUCAUCAAUAAUGAAAUGAGAGAUAAAAUAGUAGCAAUCUCGAAUUAACCUCGAAAAUAUUAUUGUUAUUAGAGGAUUCGAGAAGUAUUUAUUUACUUAUUUUUUUGUCACAAAAAAGUUUGAGGACGCAAUAUAUUCAUAUUCACAAACUGUGUUGAAUCAAUUGAAAACAAAAUUGCACAAAUGAAUUGUUGAAUGGAAACGCAACCUCUGUAUUAAUUUAUCUUUCACAAUUCAGAAAUAUUUGCAGUUGAAAUGGGUCCGAGAAUUCUGGGAAACUAAUUGCUAUUACUCCAUACAGGGUUAUUCAAUAUGAUGCUGCCAAAAUGAUAUCCCAGAUGUGUUAUAAACUUGUCACAAGCAGGGGAAAAUGUUUUUUUAUAUAAUUUAUAAUAAGCCCCCUUAAAACUACACAGAAUCAUAUUGUCAUCAAAAUAAAAAUGUAUCAAAUUUUGAAUUGACUCUGCCGUUACUUGAUGGAAAUCCAUAUGGACAUUAUUUUGGCGAAUUCUAUUUGAUACCUUUUGCAAGACUGCUCUACUCUUUGUGGCUAAUAAUGCUAUAAUGAUAAUGCAAUACAUUUCCAUUCUAUACAGAGUUUCAGAAUUACUCUGCCAAAAUUUCACUGCAGAUGAAGCGUCGAGAAUAAAGACCUCUAUUAAUUUUUUGCAGAUUUGUUUUCCACGAUCUCCAAGGCAUUCAGUAGGGGAUCAAAAAAUCUUGUUACCAGGAUUUCUCGGAAAUACUGAAUUGAUUUAGAUGAAAUUUAAAUUUUUUCCCACAAAAUAAUAUCUGCAGUGCCAAUUUGGUGGAAUUAAUUCAAAACACUGUAUUCAAUUAAAUAAUGUGAAAAUAUAAAUUAUCCGGCUAUUCUGGAAGUGACAUUUGAGUUUAUUUUCCCAAUUCAUAUUCCUAAUUGUACUGCCAGCAAAAAGUCUGCAUUGGGAUGUGAUUUUAAAUUAAUUGUGCCAUUUACUUGAGUGAUUUAAGGAACUCUUUAGUAGAUUUUAAUAUUAGACGUGGAAAUUCUAAGUUUUUGUAUAUAUCUAAAGAAUUUUGGUAGGAAAAUAUUUAUAAUUGGAAAAUGUCAAAUAUUGAUGGUGCUUACAAUUUUUGUUGAACCAUAUCAACACUUUUUUUUAUUUAUUGAAAUUGGGAUAAAGAAAUGUUAAAUGGGUCAUUCGAUUGAUAUUGCUGAGUGAAAUUUUCGAUAAAGAUAGAUAAUUCUAGAUCAUUGAUAUGGGUUCAACAAAAUAUAUACUUAGUUAAAAUGUUCAACAGAUGUAGCGAAAAUUGUGUGUUUUAUAAAUUUUAUAACAACUCUACCCAAAUUAGUUUGAAAAUAUUUAUAUAAUGAUUAAUUAAUGAAGUUACAGGGUUCGAAAGUCGGUUAUUUAUUUUCGUUGUUUGAAUAUUAUUUUUCUUUUUUGUAUUUGAUACUUAUAUGUACAUAGAUCAAAGUUUUCGCAGUUCCGCAAAAGAAACUGGUUAAAUAAUUUCAUGUAAUUGUAUCAUAUUACCCAUUUUUAUAUGAACUUUAUUGAUCUCUACAAUGCCAUUAUCAUAUAUUUUUUGUAUGUUUUGUACUAAUAUAUAACUAUGUUAUGAAUGUAACUGUUGUAGUUUUAUAUGUAGACAAGUAUGUAAUUGAAAAAACUUAUUGAUUUAUAAACCUGAAAACAUUUUUCAUGUGCAAUUUCAGUUUUACUUGUCUUGGCACAAAUGGAGAGGUAGAAGGGCGUUGUAGAUAAUUCUAGAGUUUUUUAUAGCAUUAUUGUUAUUGUUUUAGUAAACACUUUGUAUACUGUCUACCAUUUAUAUAAUUUAUAUAAAUAUAUAGCUAUGUAUGAAAAGCAUACAUAUGCAUACCCUUGUAUACCCUAGGGGUGGAUAAAAAAGACGGUUCAAGAACUAUUAUCACCCUGAAUG